GGCGGAGGGAGGUGGGGAUCGCGAAGGCGCGGGCCGGGCAGAGUCCCCGGGGCGGCGGGGCGGACGGCGCCCGGAGCUCGGCGGGGGUCGCGGCGAGAUGCGGUGGCCGCCGGCGGAGAGACGCGGCGCUACGCGAGGAAGCAGGACCCGGACCGGCGAGCCCGGGGUCCGCACCUGCGUGGCGGGGAGCGGGAAGAAGCUGAGGGUUCAAGAGAAGUCAUGACUUAUCCUUGGUUACCUUCUGGUCCAUGGCAGAGCUGGGACCAGAACCCACAUCUUCUGGAUUCAAAUGUAUCAACAGCCCUAGAGCUCUGGGCAUGUGCCCUCCUCGAUGAACCCACAGUGAUCAGUUUGUUUUGCCUUCUCCCAGCUCACGCAUACUUCAGGCCUUGGUAACCAGAAUGUUUUGUCUGUUCAGGCUCAAAGUGAUCAGUGGGGCAGGAACCCCAAAGUUCAGUGCCUCAUGAUGCGUCAGGAUGAACUUAGGAAAACAGUGAGCUGUUGCCUGGACUGCUUCUUAGAAUCUGCUGGUACUUCUGUUUGUCUCUGGUUUUAAAAGUCCCCCCAGAGGCAACCUGAAACCCAGACUCUUCUCAGAAUAGGAUGGGGGAAAUUCCAAAGUUCUUAUUAAACACAUUUAUCCCUCAAGCUUUGCAAGGAGCCAAAAUGCCAAAAGCGAGAAUCCCAAAGUGCUGCCCACACUGGUGUGAUAUCCCGAUAAAUGUCUAACAAAGUCAGCAUGUGUCCCCUGGGCUUGAACAUUUGCUGGGCAAAGUUCCAGAAGAGUGAGACACCUUGGGAUUCAUCCGGUUUAGGAAAGACCUUUAACUACCAGCUGUCACCUCACUGUUCUUCCAACAGUCAAGUCUUGAGGUCUUUUCACUGUGCGCUGUUCUGAUGGAGGGCCCCCACCAGCAUGAAGCAGAAGGAUGACCUUGUCCCGUAGGCAGGACAACUGUGAAGGGAGCUGUGUGUGUCCAAGUCUGUGGACUUGGGAAGAGAGAGCCACCUAGAAUGUCCCCGCCAAACCAGUCACUGGAAGGCCUUCUCCAGGAGGCCUCCAACAGAUCCCUGAAUGCUACAGAAACCCCAGAGGCUUGGGGUCCAGGGACACUCCAGGCCCUCAAGAUCUCUCUUGCUCUGCUCCUUUCCAUCAUCACAAUGGCCACAGCCCUGUCCAACACCUUUGUGCUCAUCACCAUCUUCCUCACCAGGAAGCUCCACACCCCUGCAAACUAUCUCAUCGGCUCCCUGGCCAUGACUGACCUCUUAGUCUCCAUCUUGGUCAUGCCCAUCAGCAUCGCCUAUACCACCACCCGCACCUGGAGCUUUGGCCAAAUCCUCUGUGACAUCUGGCUGUCUUCUGACAUCACCUGCUGCACCGCCUCCAUCCUGCAUCUCUGUGUCAUUGCUCUGGACAGGUACUGGGCCAUCACAGAUGCCCUGGAGUAUAGUAAACGCCGCACAGUGGGCCGGGCGGCUGCCAUGAUUGCCACCGUCUGGGUCAUCUCGAUCUGCAUCUCCAUCCCGCCACUCUUCUGGCGGCAGGCCAAAGCUCACGAAGAGAUGUCGGACUGCCUGGUGAACACAUCUCAGAUCUCCUACACCAUCUACUCCACCUGCGGGGCCUUCUACAUCCCGUCUGUGCUGCUCAUCAUCCUCUAUGGCCGCAUCUACGUGGCCGCCCGGAAUCGCAUCCUGAAUCCACCUUCGCUCUACGGGAAGCGCUUCACCACGGCCCACCUCAUCACGGGCUCUGCGGGGUCCUCGCUCUGCUCGCUCAGCCCCAGGCUCCAGGAGGGGCACACCCAUACUGCCGGCUCCACUCUGUUUUUCAACCACGUGAAAAUCAAGCUAGCCGAUAGUGUCCUGGCGCGCAAAAGGAUUUCCGCGGCUCGAGAAAGGAAAGCCACAAAAACGCUGGGGAUCAUCCUAGGGGCCUUUAUCAUCUGCUGGCUGCCCUUCUUUGUCGCAUCUCUAGUCCUCCCCAUCUGCCGGGACUCCUGCUGGCUCCACCCAGCCCUCUUUGACUUCUUCACCUGGCUUGGCUAUCUCAACUCCCUCAUCAAUCCAAUAAUAUAUACUGUGUUUAAUGAAGAGUUUCGACAAGCGUUUCAGAAAGUUGUCCAUUUUCGGAAAGCCUCCUAGUCUUAUUUGCUGGUGACUGUUUUUAUCUGUUGUGUCCUGUAACCCAACUGGAAUUGUCUUGUUUAUUUUUCCUGAGAUUUGGGCCAAUCCUGGUAUGUUGCGUUUUGGUUCGACCAAUGGAAUUGUUCAGCGUUCUUCUUCCUGUUGUCUUCUUGACUUCUGUGCCACCCAAAGUGGGGCAGCUUUGUGAAGGGUGACAAAACCGGAGAUUCCACUUAGCAUAUUUUCAUGGCUCAUCCAUGUUGGGAGAAAUGUGAUCCACAGGAUUCCCCAUUGAUUCAGUUCAGAUGGGAAGCUGUCCAACUCUACAGAGAGACCCUAGGUUCAAAUGGGAGGCUUUCUGGUCUACGUAAGUUUUGUAUGGAGCUCAGAGGAGGAGGGUACGUGAGGUUAAUGACCUGAGCUGAAAGAAAAUUCCAUGUGGCACCUUGAUUAGAAAGUAACACACAGAUCAACUACCCCCUACCCUUCCUCCUUCCCCAGUAUCUCUGCAUCACCUUAAUAUUCUGAAGUUAAAACCCACAAUUACCCUCAAUGACAGAUUGACAGGCUUUGGACCCACCAAGCUUUGAGUGGGACCCCAUUCUGAAUUUUGUUUCAUGAAUUAUUUUUUUUUUUAUAUCCUGUUCUCAUGAGAGAUCUUAAGAUGUUGAGUCUUGUCGGGUGCCUGGGUGGCUCAGAUGGUUAAGCGUCUGCCUUCGGCUCAGGUCAUGAUCCCAGGGUCCUGGG